AGAGAGAAUGUGAAUUUUUAAAUUUAUGAUCUUCUUUUCAUAGGAUAAUGUACACAAGAGAGUGAUAUUUUCCUUUUUAUUUCGGAGAAAUGUGCGGAAAUAGUAAAAACAGUUUGAUUCUUACUACGUGUGUGGAAUCAAACUAUGAUUAAAUAUGAUUAGUAGAACUUGUACAUAUUAUUGAACAAACAUACGCCUAGAGACUCCAUCAAUUUGUAUUAUUUUCGAUUCCGGUGGUGACAAUGGAUGUUAAUGGUACUACCCUGAGUACGCUGGCGGAAACAGAUCUGUUAUUGCAGUUACUAGGGGAUAAGAGGAAGGGGCUACCUUCCGUUGUCACUCUUACUAUCGUCUACUGCAUCAUCUUCAUCACUGGUGUCAUCGGAAAUGUGAGCACGUGUCUCGUUAUCGCGAGAAAUACCUACAUGCACACUGUGACCAACUACUACUUAUUUAGCUUGGCUGUAUCCGAUACUCUUACACUAGUGCUUGGUUUGCCGCCAGAAUUAUAUUGCAUUUGGGAAGCAUAUCCAUGGAGAUUUGGAGAACCGUUUUGUAUAUUUAAGGCUUUUCUAACGGAAAUGACGUCAUAUUCGUCAGUACUGACGAUAACUGCAUUUACAAUAGAACGUUACAUUGCAAUUUGUCAUCCAAUCAAAUCACAGACGCUAUCCAACCUUUCUCGUGCAGUCAAGAUCAUAAUCUGUAUUUGGCUAGUGGCUGCUGCCUUCGCUGUUCCAUACCCGAUAUAUACUCGCGUGUAUCACUACAUCCGGGUUAACAACACAGUGGUGGACGACUCGCUCAUCUGCAGUAUAGCGCCGCCCUGGCGGGAUUUAAUGAUCCAUGUGUUCCAGAUGUCCACCUUUGUAUUUUUCGUCCUUCCGAUGACCAUGAUCACAAUUAUGUAUAUAUUGAUCGGACGGACACUGAGUACCUCUGAUUUUGGGACGCCGGUCUACGCUAAUUCGUCAUCCACCAAGUCCAAGGCCAGAAAAGCUGUCAUAAAGAUGCUAGUUGCUGUCGUCGUAGCCUUUUUCUGCUGCUGGGCGCCAUUUAAUGCACAAAGGUUGAUGACGUCAUACAUACCACCGGAGAGCUGGACUCCUUCAUUGAUUGAGGCCCAAGCGAAACUAUUUUAUAUAUCAGGUGUUCUGUUUUUCGUCGGAUCCACAGUUAAUCCUAUAUUAUAUAAUUUAAUGUCAAAGAAAUUCCGCAUGGCUUUCCGGCGUUCACUGUGUAGGUGUUGCUACAAUCCGGACGAACUUAUCGAGUUGAGUGCUCGUUCAAAAUCAGUGUUAUACUCUGAUCGGUCUCCGAAUAUGAACCAGAACAGGUGUAUGUCAAGUAUGAACCUGUACCCCAUCUCGCCACAACUGAACAAGUCAAGAUCCGGAAGUUCUCUGGUUUUGAUGAAGAACGGUAACUCUCAUAUUCUUUCAAACCGUCUGACGGUGUCGAGUACACAACAAUGGCCAAGCCCACAAACAGAAAGACAUUGGUCGUCCACCUCGAUGGACAGACUUAAAGACCGAUCUGUUGGACGUACAGAGAGACAGACACUUAGUCCAUGUAAACGCCGGCUCAAUAUAAAAUCUAACUCAAUCAUCAAAGUCUGUUCCGUGACGAGUAUGCUAAGCUUUAGUGAGUACGAACAGGAGAUAUUCGUAGAGGUAGGCAGUUUUGAUAGCCACACACAGCUUUAUAACAAAGACCAGAAUGACUCUCCGGACACUGGAGAUACUACUACCUUUCUAUAGCGACCAGUGACUUAUACAGGAGGAACCUUUCUAAAGCGACAAGUAACUUCUAUAUGAUGAACCUUUCUAUAGCGACCAGUAACUUCUAUAUGGGGAACAUUUCUAUAACGACCAGUAACUUCUACAUGAUGAACCUUUCUAUAGCGACCAGUAACUUCUAUAUGAGGAACCUUUCUAUAGCGACCAGUGACUUCUACAUGACGAACCUUUCUAAAGCGACCAGUAACUUCUAUAUGAGGAACCUUUCUAUAGCGACCAGUGACUUAUAUAUGAUAAACCUUUCUAUAGCGACCAGUGACUUCUGUAUGAGGAACCUUUCUAAAGCGACUAGUAACUUCUAUAUGAGGAACCUUUCUAUAGCGACCAGUAACUUAUAUAUGAGGAACCUUUCUAUAGCGACCAGUGACUUCUACAUGACGAACCUUUCUAUAGCGACCAGUAACUUCUAUAUGAGGAAUCUUUCUAUAGCGACCAGUAACUUAUAUAUGGGGAACCUUUCUAAAGCGACCAGUAACUUCUAUAUGAUGAACCUUUCUA